GUGGGCUCUGAUUUAGUUUCCCUGUGUUCUCUGUGUGUGUAUCUGGGCUCUGAGCUCUGUCUGUGUGUGUGUGUGUGUUUUAAACAGUAUAUAUAUAUAUAUAUAUGCGUGUGUGAAGCAGGUCUGCACAGCUCUGUCAGAAUGCAGCUCUUAGUCUCAGUUCAGCUCAGUUCUCACUGAUAUUAGUCCAGAACUGAGAGCGCGCGCUCACUGCAGUCAUGGGGGAAAACUGCGACAGCAGCGAGAUCAUCGAGCACCACGACGACGAGGCGAUGGAGAAGAGGAACCCGCUGAGAAACGACUCCAACUCCUUCCUGGAGAGCCUGACUCCCUCAGAGAGAGACGGGCAGAGGAGCACCCAGCCCUCCCACCGCCUGCUGGCCUACAGCGACGCUCUCAUCUCCAUCAUAGCCACGGUCAUGAUAUUACCUGUUGCCCAUACCAAAUUCCAAAACAAUGAGGAGCUGAAGGACAGCUUCCAGCUACUCCUCACUACUAAGAUCGCUGUGUACUUGAUGACCUUUUUAAUAGUCACUGUUGCUUGGGCAGCCCAUAUAAGGUUGUUUCAGGUCAUUGAGCGCAUCGAUGACACACUUGCACUUCUUAAUCUGGCCUGCAUGAUGCUGAUAACAUUUCUGCCUUACACAUUUUCUCUGAUGGCAACAUUCCCAAAUAACAUUCUUGGUAUUCUCUUCUUCUGUGCCUGUGUCAUUGUGAUAGGCCUCAUUCAGGCAAUUAUUGUUGUUUAUGGAUUCAGCCGUCCUUACCUCCUCAAUGAGCACAUUCAGAUGUCGGAGAACCAAGCCUACUACAGACGCCACGUCCUUGAAGUUAUUAUGAGGGUCCCUAUAAUGUGUGUCUUUGCCAGCAUCUUUUCAAUCAUUUUUUUGCAAUUGUCUUAUGUCCUGCUGGCCAUUGUCAUAUUCCUGCCCUAUAUUUCUCAGUCUUUGAAAUGGAUUAAGAAUAAAGCCAUAGGUGGUCAGUUGGAUGACACUCCAGACUCAAUGGUGUUCUACACAUAUCACCCAAAUGAACCACUGAGCAAAGAGCGGGUAGAGGCUUUCAGUGACGGCGUGUAUGCCAUUGUAGCCACCCUUCUCAUCUUAGACAUUUGUGAGGACAAUGUUCCAGACCCUUCCGUGGUGAAUAAGGAGUUUGACGGCAGGCUCAUAAAUGCACUUCAGGAGUACGGCCCUGAGUACCUGGCCUAUUUUGGCUCCUUUGCCACUGUAGGCCUGCUGUGGUUCGUCCACCACUCGCUCUUCCUGCACGUGACCCGGGCCACUCGUCUGAUGGGCCUCUUCAACACUUUCUCCUUAGCCUUCGUUGGUGGUCUGCCGUUGGCCUACCAGCUGACCCACGAGUUCCCCCGUGGAUCCCGCAAUGAGCUGGAGGCCAUCCAGAUCAGCUGUGUUAUUAUUUUCUUUGCGGGCCUUUUCCAGCUGGCCAUGUGGGUCACUGCGCUCUUUUCGGAGCGUGAGACACUGCACCCGUACGUGCGCUACGGCGGGCGGGAGCACGCCUUUAUGUUCGCCAAACUCUCGCUCUAUCCCUGCGUAGCUUUAGGAACCUUCUUCUUCACCUGCAUCCUCAGCCGCUUCAGCUCACCCAUCUUCCACAUGAUGCAGAUUGCCGUCCCCUUCGCUUUCCUGCUGCUCCGGCUGAUGGUGCGGGUGACGCUGGCUGUGCUCAGGUGGCUCUUCUGUCCUGCUAGACCUGAAGUAGGGAACACUCCACUGGAAGAGGAGGACUCGCGUCUGCCCUUUAAUGAGAUUGUUACCUAGCGGGAGAUGAUCAGUGCUGGGUUAAGUCCAGCAGGUUCUGGGCCUGUAUUCACAAAGAAUCAGAGAAUUCCUCUACUGUUCUUUGAAGUGCUUGUAAUAUCAAAUUGAAUAUGAUUGAAACUGUGCUGUUAAGUAAUCUUGCAUGGAUUUUAUUUUCUCAGUUGUCCCUGUGGUAGCAAGCUAUUUUUUCAGCCCUUCAAAGUAUUAGGACAGCAGCACAUGCCUAUUUUAAAUCCAUAGGCAUUAAUAUGUAGCAGGCCAGUCAAGUUAUUCCAUGCCCCUGAAAAAAACCCAAUAGCAUUAUCCCUCCUCCACCAAAUUUUACAGUCGUACAGGUUACUUUAUCCUUGAAUUCACCAAAGCCAGACUUAACUUCCACACCAAACUCACCCAACCAUGCCUUACUUGUACACUGGGGCAGUGUACAAUUAAGAUUAAGAUUUGCCCUCACUUGAACUAAGGGGCCCAGGCCUGUCCCUGAGAACAACUCAGUAGCAUUAUCAAUACUCAAUACUUUUUUCUAUAUAUUGUGCUGCUUAUACUGCGGUGUCCGAUCUUAUACACACUUCGACUGUGGCAGAAAACAAAUAAAAUGCAGUUGUUAUCCUAUAAAUGAAAAAUCCAAAUCUAUUGGCCAGUUUGGAGGAAUGUAGCUAAUGUUAAACUGACACUGUAUAGCAGGACAAAAGCAGCCACUGGUGAAUGGUGGUGAUGUUACGUGAUGGUUUUGAAAUGAGGAAAUUAGUGCCUUAGUUUUGUAGGAUCAAGACUGAUGGAUCCACAAAAAGGUCAAAAUCCUGGCAUAAUAAAACAAUACAAAACAUUUAUCAUAAAAUAUAUUAAUUGGACACUUUUUUUAAAUGCUUAUCAGUUGAUUUCUUAUUAAAUUCUCACAAUAUUCUCAUUCAGAACAGCCUCUCUUUGAUGAUAUUUUGUAAAUACAGGCCCUGAUGUUGGAUACCCUAGUCUCUAGAUUUGUUGGAGAAUGGGAGCAAAACUUACCACUGUAUAACCUGUAACACUAACCUUAAUCAUUCCUACCUUUUCAUUCAGAUUAGCUGCAACAUAAUACAGUACCACUUUACAAUAAGGUUUACAAAUAAUACAAUUAACAGUACUUAAAACAGACCAUAAUAAACAUUGUUAAAUGGUUAAGUGAUGUCUUAGCUAAUUAUUCAUUGACACUAGUUAAGAAAGACAUUUCUAUUAAACAUUACUAAAUUUAAUGUCUUAAAAAUGUUGUAAAUAAUGAUUUGACAUUAGUUAUACAAACUGUAAUGAUUAAUAAUGUCUUAACUAUUGUCAAUUAAUAAUUAAUUAGUUAAGACAUUCUGUUGUAAGCAAUGUUAAUUAACGUACCCUCAUUUUAAAGUGUUUCCAGUAAUACAUAUAAUUCUACAUUAAGAUAUCUUGUCUCUAAACAUUUUCCAUUCAAUACAACGGAAUUAAUGUUGUUUUAUAAAAAUAUUCCUGAUAAAGGCAAAGGAAGGAAACAACCUAAUUUUAUUGUAAGUCUAUGAUCUUUCCCAUUAUCUUCCAACUUAUUGGUUUGUAUUGCUUUUCUUCUCAGAGCUGAACUGUAUUUUUUAUGUAGAAUUGUAACGGGUUUUUAUUUAUUAACAUUGUCAUUAGACAUUAUUUUAUGACAAAAAGUGCACAUAGACCCUGUUUACACUUGUUCACGUGUGUGUGUGUGUGUGUGUGUGUGUGUGUGUGUGUGUGUGUGUAUGAUAAUGAGUUCACCUCUUCACAUUUUUGUAAAUAUGACAUGACAGAUAUGACACUUUGGUACAAUGUGCUCUUUCACCUUUCAUUUGAGGAUGCCCAACAGUAGGGAAUAGGGAUUAUGUUUGGAGGCAUGCUGGGCAAAUCCGUCACUUUUAACUUUACCUUCCUCCACAAGGCAGUUGUCAUUUUGGGGGGUGUGUGUGGGGCAGUUAUGUUUGAAAACUGCUUCACGGCCCACAGGGUUCGUAGGGUCAUGAAAAACCUGGAAAAGUCAUGGAAUUUGAAAAUAGCAAUUUCCAGGCCUGGAUAAGUUUUGAAAAAAUAAAAAAUACCCAGAAGGUUUAGGAAAAGUCAUGGAAAUUUGGUCUACAAAUCUUUGUGUUUCCGCUUAUCGAUGAAGAAAAUCUAACAAAUCCGUCAGCUCAGAGGUAAUUCAGUAAUUUAUCUAUACACAAUGGAGCUCUCAGGAUGUGACACACAUUUUAUUAUUAAAGAUUUUGUGUCCACAUUUUUGUCAGAUUAAUUUUAGGCCUACUAUAAUUAUAUAUAAUUAUUAUUUUGAUUAUAGAUUAUAAAUUUUAGUUUAUUUUUAGGUUUAUUGUCCAUAUCUGCACUGAUGUUGUAAAGAUUGUGUGGUUGUGUGGUAAUUUGCCAUGAAGGCAUGGAAAAGUCAUGAAAAAAACCCUGGACAUUUAUUGGUUAAAAAGUGUAUGAUCUUUGGGCCCAGAAUCUGGGGGUAGGGGGCACUGACUACUUUACAUUGUAUCAAAGUGUCAUAUCUUGACCUGUAAAAAAAUAUAAUAAAAUAUUGACAAAAUGUGAGGGGUGUACUCACUUUUGUGAGAUACUGAAUGUCAUGAAAAAUGAGAAAUAUUAAACUGCAUCACAUUGUGACUAUUGAAAUUAUAUAUUUUGCAAUCUGGAUAAGGCCUAGACAGCAAAAAAUUCAAGGCCAUAUUUAUGUCUCAUCAAAAUACAGUCAACGAUCAUAACUCCUCCUAGUAUAACGAACAACAUCACUAACUAUUGUUGCAAAAAAGCACUUGCAAUUUGCACAUUCUGUCCAAAACAGAUUUUCAGCAUGACUAACCAGAGGUGCAGUUGCCAACCAAGUGUAAAUGCAUGUGAUUACAAUCUAAUCAGGAUACAGGAUUCAGUACUGGUUACAUGAUGUGACCAGGUGUAAACAUGGUCUUAGAUUGUUUCUUAGAUAUAUCCAUAUAGCUUUUUUUAAGGUAUAAUUUCCAGUUGCAAACAUUUUUCAUACCACUUAGCUAAUAUUGAGGAGAAGAUAGAAUUCACUAAUGAACAGUGAUCCACUUAAAAACAAAACUGUCUAUUUAACAAAACUUGUUUGCACUUCAGUUGGGAUGAUGGCGGCGAUGAUGAUGUUGAUGAGGAAGAAAGCACCUGAAUGAUCCAUUGAUUAUCUCCUUGCACUUUACCUUAGAUCCUAAAAUCAGGGUUUUGAUUUCUGUUAAUUCUGAAGAAAUUAAAGUAAGCCAUUCUUAUACGCAUGUUCCUAAAUUGUCUAAUAUGUUUUUGUAUUGGUUUAUUUUCUGUCUCAAAAUGUUGAUGAUUAAGCUUCCUUGGUUAUGAAUGCAUUGUGAGUGUGUAGUGAGAGUGUGACAACUGUACCCGCCACAAGGAGCUGCUGUUGCAUAUCUGUUCAAUUACAUUCAUUGUUGGUAAAAAUGUUGCUGACCUUUCCCCGUCUGAAAAUAAAUGUCAAAGGGAACGUUAAGAUCACUGUCAGAACUUAUACAUCAGUUUAUUAUUUGAAUAAUAAAGCCUAAAACUGCU